AUGAUGAUCCUCCUCCCGACUGCGACUGCGGCUUCGUCGACGCUGCGACGGCAACCGCUGAUGACGGCGCGAGUGCCUGGCGGCGACCUGCGUGAGUCUGCCAGUCGGGUCGGCUGCUCAGCGGCGGCCGCAGCCGCCACCUGGUCCCUGUCCACCUCGUGCGGGCUGGACUCGGUGAGCGCCUCAUCCCUCGUCGGCCUCGGAGCGGGCGCUGCGCUACCAGCGCCACUCGCGACCGCCGCCUUCUGCGGCACCUUUGCUGGCAUGAGCUCGCGCGUCGUCGCUCCAUCGGCACUUGCCGCGGCGGCGCUCGGCGGCGCUGCAGCCGCGGUGCUAGUGGCACUCGACGCCUCCGACACGCGGGUCCUCAAGGGCUACGGCGGCCGCCUCGGCGCCGUCGCUGCCCUGGCGGGCCUGGCGAGCAUAGCGGCGUCGGCAGAGCUCCGCGCGGCCGGCCUCCUCUACCAGCCGUCUCUGGCCGCUGCCGCCGCUGCGCCCGAGAGGCUGUGGCGGACCGUCGGUGCGACUGUGCUCGGCUCGGCCGCGACUCGGCUCUGGGCACGCCGGCUGGCGCUCCUCCUCCUCGUCGGCGAUUGCCCCGUGAUCGCGUCGUCUGGAGAGGCGACGGGCACCGAAUCAGUCGAUGGCGUGCUCCUCGAGUAG